UUUCGCGAACCACCAACAGCUGAAGAUCACGGCCAAGGAGAUGCCAGACAAAAAACUUAUAUAAUAACCUUCAACAAAUCGGUAUUAUUUAGUUAAGUGCCAACCUUAGUACGGUCAAGAUCGUGCAAUCUUCUGCGAGCAGUGUGUCCAGAAACAACGACCACCAGCACAGCUAGAUACAACUUUCUUCCUGGGGAGCUGUCUAUCUAGAAGCAGUAUAAGGUUUCCUGUAUCCAGAAAACUAUUCCGGAAUUCUCCACCGAGUUUCCAGAGAUUUUUGAUUGAAUAAGUGCCUGUGUGCCAAGGGAAGUGCCUAAAAAAUCUGUUAUAAAUAGCAACGAAAAUAAGUGACAAAACAGUUUUAUUACACGGUCUCGCAGUGAUAAGGAAAAACAAAAGAAAAAUUGAUUCCAAUUUUUAGUGUUUCAAAGAGCAGUGAAACCAAGAAGACAUACUAAGAAGAGGUUUUUAUUAAACACGAAAAAACUACUGUUGGUGCGAUUUGGAAAAGCAAGAGUCACUCGUUCAAGAAGUGAAAUUCUUCGGAUUUCAAAGGCCAAGUCUCAAUAAGUUUUUUGCGGUUAGCAAAAAACCAACUGUCAAGACCAGAAGUGAAGUGCGAUACCGCCAGUAUAUAUGAGUUGGGCUAAAGUUUGAUUAAGAGCGCCAGCAGUUCCGCAAAUACAACGAGUGCAGUAUUUGUAAAAAAAAAAGGCGAAAUUCCCUAAGAAGCAAAAAAGGUGAAAUUUUCCGACAGCUUAUCAAAAGAAUAAUUGGGACUUCACAUCGUCUCACAAGUAGAGAUUUUUCCUGUUUACUCCAGUAGCUCCAAACAACCUAAUCAAUCAUUAAGAGCACUUCUGCCAAUUAAGAUUACCAUCUUGACGAACUUUGUGUUGACACAAUAAACCAAAAGUAACCAGAUCCACAAUGCUACCAAGAUCGUUUCAUUCGAUCCUCCUAGCUUGCUUACUACUAGCGCCUGCGCUUAGUAUAGAAGGUGCCAAGCGACGAUCCCGACUUGAUCUCCCGAUCUCGAAACCAGCGGAUGCCCCGCUAGAGGACAACAUUGCCACCGCAUCGGGUUCGGACCCCACAUACGAACGGGCGGAUCCGGUGGCCGUUGUUGCUACGAAUGCCGCUCCGACGGCAACUUCCACCGAGACCGAAGCCGGAGCCAACAGUUCCGGCAGUGGAAGUUCGGAAAACAGCUCGCAGAUGAUUGACGAGUACACUGACGAGGAUUGUGAUCCAGAUUUUGUGGCGUUUGAGCUGGUGACGGGAUACGUAUUCUCGGCACCGAACAAACUGCUUGACUCCAUUCCCGGAACUCUGAUGUUGACCGACUGUCUGGAAGCUUGUCAAAACAAUGAUUCAUGUUCCUCCGUCAACUACGAAACUGGACUCUGUGUGCUGUUCUCGUCCAAUUCUGACAAAUUGCCAGGUGCUUUGACCAAGUCCCAAUUCCCGGUUUUCACCAUCUACGCUCAGAAGUCUUGCCUGAAGCUGCGUCCAUGUGAACGAGCCUGGUGCAUCGACAGGGUGCAAGGAUAUAAGCUCAAUGGCCACGUUAAGCGUACCGCCCAGGUUGUCUCCCGCCGCGACUGUCUCGAGAUGUGUUUGGGUGAAAACGAAUUCACAUGCCGGUCUGCCAACUUUUACCAGUCUACCAUGACUUGUGAAUUGUCCGAUAUGGACCGCAUAACGCUAGCCGGAUCCAGUGCAUUCCAAGUUGCUGAGACAUCUGACUACCUGGAAAACAACUGUGCCGAGGAGCCAACAAAACUGUGCGAAUUCAAACGUAUGUCCGGUCGUAUCCUAAAGACAGUUGAUUCCGUUUACCAGGACGUUGCCAGCGUUGAUGAAUGCCGUGAACUAUGCCUGAGCUCACCAUAUCGUUGCCACUCGUACGACUACGGAGAUACCGGAGAUAUGGUCUGCCGUCUGUCUCACCACAGCCGUGCCACACUUGCCGACAUUCAGGAUCCUUACCUAGAUGUGCCAGAAGCUGCCACCUAUGAACUUUCCUCGUGCUACAAUGUUUCGAUCGAAUGCCGCGCAGGAGAUAUGAUUGCCAAAAUCCGAACUUCCAAAUUAUUUGACGGAAAAGUGUACGCCAAGGGUGCUCCCAACUCCUGCUCUGUCGAUGUCAAAAACUCGCUUGAAUUUGAGUUGCGCAUGGCUUAUCAGGACAUUGACUGUAACGUUCGCCAAAACGGUCUUGGUCGCUACCUCAAUGACGUCGUUAUUCAGCAUCAUGAUACCAUCGUCACAUCUUCCGAUUUGGGACUUGCCGUUACUUGCCAAUACGAUCUUACCAACAAGACAGUUUCCAAUGAUGUGGAUCUGGAUGUCACCGGAGAUAUUGAGCCAGCAUUGUCCGAAGAAGUGGUUGUCGAUUCACCUAACGUUGUUAUGAAGAUCACUUCUCGCGAUGGAUCUGACAUGAUGCGCACAGCCGAAGUCGGAGAUCCCCUUGCUCUGCGAUUCGAAAUUUUGGACCCACAAUCGCCAUAUGAAAUCUUUGUCCGCGAACUGGUUGCUAUGGAUGGAGUUGAUAGCAGCGAAAUCACUCUUAUUGAUGCCCGUGGAUGCCCGACCGAUCAUUUCAUUAUGGGACCAAUCUACAAGAGUGCAAACUCUGGAAAGAUCUUGUUAUCUCAUUUCGAUGCAUUCAAGUUCCCAUCCUCGGAAAUGGUUCAGUUCCGUGCUUUAGUCACCCCAUGUAUGCCAACAUGUGAACCUGUACAAUGCGACCAAGACGACUUUGCUGCCGGAGAACUGCGCUCAAUUGUAUCCUACGGACGCAAACGUCGCUCCAUCAACGCCACCACAGAAGAACAUAGCUUCCGUCGCGAACGUCGCGAAACUACUCAUCAGGCUCCUCAAGAUGACAUGCUGCUUGUCCAAUCUAUCCAGAUUACUGAUAAAUUUGGGUUUGAAAAACAACAACAAGCUAAACCUAAAAUCAGCAACAGUGAAACAGUGUUCGUUGCCUCAUCCGAUUCUCAAGGAAUUUGCGUUAAUGGACUUGGUCUCAUUGUUGCCGGAGCCGUUUUCCUUUUGGGACAACUUGCCAUUAUUGCCAUUUGGACCUUUAUGUGGCAGCGUCGCAGGAAGCAACGUCAGUUCGAGAGUGCAUCGAUGGGAUCGUCAGUUAUGCCCAGCCCCGCAAUGGUUGCCAGCCGAGGGGAUUCCAUGUGCAAACUUUACGACAGUGGCUACGCCGGAAGGCACUUCUAAGACAUCUUUUUCCUCCUGCUAUACAUACAACACAUAUACCACAUAAGGCUGAUCUAUUCCUACAUCCCCAUAAACUGCAGAUUAAUGCCCUUCAUGUCGAAACACUUCAUUGCACAAAAACAUCAUCACAUAUUUCUAGAUUCCUUAGAGCACAUCCACUUGUUUUAGGAUUAGCAUAUGUUUUUUCCUUAUCCAGCUCUAGUAGAGCUGCAUGGAAGAAAGUCGAGCAACGGACAUGCCAUUCAAUGGUUCACUUAAUUAUGUAAUGUUCUUCCUAGAACUCCAUCUGCUACGGAAAAAUGUUUUGACAACUAGUAUUGUUGUAUGAGAGACGAUAUUGGAAGAUGGAUAGUACUAGACCAGUAUUCGAAACUCUCACAUCCGCGCGCCUUCAGUUUUCCUUAAACGCUAACUUUUGCACCUCUUCGGUAACUCUCCAACAUAAAAUGCAGGAAUCAGUACUCUAUGUAGACGGCACUUCUUGAAGAUCUACUAAUAAUUCAAUUAUCCAACUAAACCUUAUGUUUUACAUUCCCAAAAGGGAGAAUAGGACGACUGGAGUAUAUAAAUGAAAUUCGCAUGGAACGAAUGAUUGAGAGUGGAGUGUUUUAAACCGAUAUAGUAUUCUAGCAAAAAAACGAGUUAGCGAGAUAUAAUUGUGUGUUUGAAUUUGUUGUUGUGUGAGUGUGAAUUAGGUUUAACUAAUUUGUCUUGAUUGAGGGAAAAAUCGAACUCUAACAAAAUUAUCUUUUUAGCACAAUCGAUUUAUACCCUUUUGUCCUUUUCUCCCGAGUACUAAGCAUAGAGAAUUGGCGAUUUUUUGCUAAAGGCACCUGUAGCUCAGAGUUCAAACAAACGCGAACAUUUUGGUUUAUUUGAGCUCCAUGCACACAAAAAUACGGACCAGAAGCGAAAAAUCUCUCUCUCUUAGCUCAAUUUUAAGCAUUUAUCAUAAUUUAUUUUUUUUAUUCAAUAACACCCUACAUUUAGAACCUCUCAGUGCAGUUAAACAACACUAGCUAAAAAUGUUUCCCACUCUGCUUUGUAAUUUAUUUUAGAACUGCAGAAGUAUAUUCAUAAUAGUUACAAAUCGAAUGCAAUAAGAGAUAAAUAGAAAAGAAUCGAAUUCAAUAUUAGUAAUUUACAUGAAACUAAUCUAACUGACCGUACUUGUAGAUUACAUAAAACAGAAUUAAACAACAGAGACUUCUUUUAUUUCACUAUUCCAAGCUAUUUAUUUAUAGAUUCGUAGCUUACUAACCAUUUAUCAUCAAGCAUUAAUUGUAACUUCCAGAAGAAAGACACUUGAUACAACAAAAAUAAUAACAUUGCGAAAAAC